CCUUUACAAGAGGGCAAAAGUCUUCAAGUGAAAGAUGGCCUUAUCGAACACGAAGACAUGAUCGGGCAACCUGUCCGGACUACCGUCAUGACUCAUAACCAAGCUCCAUAUUCUAUACACCACCCAACACUCGAUGACUAUGUCCUACUUUCAGAGCGACUGGUUACACCCAUUUACCCCAUCGAUGCCGCGAAUAUCGUCGCAUUACUCGACUUACAUCCGAAUCCUGGGGAGACAAUGGAGGUCAUGGAAGCGGGUACGGGACAUGGUGCCUUGACGCUCUACCUCGCACGAGCGAUCCAUGCUGCCAACGCAACGGAUAAUCCAACGUCGAAAGUCCAUACGAUCGAUAUCAACACUAGGCACUCGAAGCACGCAGAAGGCGUCGUGGCCGGUUUCCGAAGGGGAAUGUACAGCAAGGAUGUCGAAUUCUACGCACCCACCAAUCCAUCAGCAUGGUGUGAGGAACAACUCGCACUCCGCGCCUCGAAGGCAGCAUCUACUGAGUUCUCAUCCGAAUCAGCAUCGGAAACCAAACCAGAAUCUAUACCCGCUUCAACUACAGAGCCAAAACCUUUCCUCUCUGCCGCCAUCCUCGACCUCCCCGACCCGCACGCCCACUUCGCCUCUGUCGCCAAGUGCCUCCUCCCAGACCACUCCCUUCUCGUAUGGUGCCCCUCCAUAACCCAGAUCAUGGCCUGCAUCGACCACGUUCAAAAUAGUAGGAGAGAAGCCUAUAUUCCCCUUGUACCACUCUCCAUCACGGAGUUUCAGACGAAUGGGUUGAGGCCUUGGGAUGUACGAAGUGUGAAUGUAUCGAAGGAGCAGGGUGAAAAGAGGAUGGAGUGGGUUUGUAAGCCGAAGGCUGUGGGUGCUGUUGGGCGGAGUGUCGGUGGAGGGUUCGUGGCGGUGUUCAGGAAGGUGAAGUGGACG